AUGUUCAAGCCACAGAUAUUGCGGAGGAGUUUCUCUGUCUUCAACAAGAUUCCCAAGGCCCACAUAAUCCGCUCCGCUGCCCGCGACGGACAUGAGAGAGUGCACAUCCAACGAGUGCGCUUCAAGAAGCCGUUCCUUACGCGAUCGCGCUUCAUAAGCACAGCAAUCGCUACUGCCACCAUUUACGGAGCCCUCAGAUGGCUUGACGAUGUGGGCUUCGAAGACGAAGACGACGAUGAGGUCGAAGAGGACGAAGAGGACCGAAAGCUACGGCAGGCACGCCGACGAGCAGAAUCAGAGAAGCGUGGGCAGGCUGCAGAAGCGGACCGGGAAGACUUCGAAGAAGGCGACGACGAAGACGAAGAGGAUGACGAAGAUGAAGACGAUGACGCCCAGCCACUCAUUUUCUUUCCGACCGGCUUCACGCGCGCAAAACCAAGGACAUAUUAUCGGGGCUCAGAUCCAGAGUGGCAAGAAUUCAUUCGCAUGGCGCAGGAUCGGAGUCGCAUGCAGCGAAUACAGCUCGAACUCGUAGGCAUAAUUCGCGACCUUGGCUCAAAAAGACGGGAUUACAUUCACCGUCUGGGUCGCAUCGACACUCAAGCUGGCACCUGGUGGAUUGAAAUAAAAUUUCCCGACGGUCCCCCAAUCGAAUUUGAGCGCCCCGGGAUCGAAAUCAGCGACCAUCUAACCUAUCGAUGGACGACUCGCCCUGUAGACGAAUUUCACCACCAGCGUUUAAAUAACCUCCUCUUCCCUAAGUCCGUCGCCAACUCCAUAUAUGCCGACUCGAAGAAGAAAGCAGAGAGCUCCUGGAUAGAGUUCAAGAAUCUCAUUGGCUGGGGAAACAAAAAAACCGAGACGAAGCAAACUACCAAACCACAGCUCCUAACCCAUCCUCCAACAACACCCAACAAUCCAGAGCCUCAACACGCAGGCCAAAAGUCCACCCCGUCACCGCCACCAGAUUCACCCUCGGAUUCUCCAUCCCCCCCCUCUCCGGCCAGCGAAACCCGCCCUGAAUCAUCUUCUCAACCGCCAUCCCAGAAAGAGCCUACAGCCUCUUCAACACUCGAUAAUCCCGCCUAUGAGCGCUUCGGUCUGGCUCUCCCCAGUCCCAAAACCCUAACUUUAGAUCUAUCUACCUUCCGCCAGGCGCUCCAACGGGAGUGGCAACCAUAUAAGAUUCAACCCCCACGCGGUACCUUCAUCGUCCACGGACUUGUCGAACUAAUGGGUGAAAGAGCAAAAAUGACUCUCGAUGUGACGGCCACCUAUGACCCUAGCAUGGGCAAAUUUACCAUGUUCACCGGCCGCAUACGGAGCAUUACAGAUUAUCGACAAGACCCGAAGGGAGGUCCUUAA